UAUCCCUUUCUUCCUAGCACCGUUGUAACCCCCAAUUGGGUAUGGGCCCGCUGUGCCCAAACUUGUGGGUGGAGUCUAAGUGUUCCCCUGGAUUUCACCCUUCAUUUUUCUCCAGGAUGCCGAAGCUAGACUUCAGCUGCAGGGGACACACUAGGUAACUACUGCAAGAGUGAUCACCAUAAAGCGACAGCUGGCCAGUCAGGCCAGAAUGUACCGGUUCCUAUCACCAGGGAUACAGACAGGGGGGGCAUGCUGAUGCUAAAGAUGGUAUUCGUGCAAGAAACAGAGCGAGAUGAAGCAGAGGGAGCUGUUAAAACAGCAGAGAUGAUGAGCUCAGAUGCAGCCGGGUGGAGUAGGCUUGAUCAGUAGACAAAAGCAUGGCCGUCAGUCCAGGUCAUACACAGGAGAAUUAAGCAGGUACAAGGGAUAAAGCAGAAGCAGGUUUUUGGACAUUAGGCUCAGGUCAGGAACAUGGAUAAGCAAUACAGGAUACAGACACCUUCAUUAUGCUGGAACUGCACUAUUGCUCAGGCACCAUAGGAAGGUAGGAGUGCUCUCAUAUAGGUGGUGCCUUUUGGAGAUUGGAGGAAGACGAGAAUCAUGGAUGUGCACUAAGUGCAUGCCCGUGACAGACUGUGCGUGCAUGUGGCCCCUAUGGGGUGUGCCAGAAACUGCCUCCUAUGACAGUGCAGAGGAGGAGAUUCAGAGCCUGCAGCGAAGGAAAACCGAGCAUGCAACUCGCUGGAUGUUGGCGGCUACCAACCUUUGACUUUACACCUAUCCUCUUGAUGUCCACCACUUAUUUAAAAUUUUGCAGGUUUAGUGCCUUGUUAGAUGCUUGAAUUGAGCUGAGAACUGCAGUUCCCAGAUUGCAGUGUGGAUCGCCCAAUGUGCCUAAACAACAGCAGUGACCUUAUGUACAAGGGUAGGCUCAAUGUGUUGUUUCUGCAUGGUACAUAUACUAUUAGUAUACACUAUUAAAACAGUGUUUGAAUCUGCCCAUGUAUAUGACGUAAUAAAUGAAAACAUUUACAUUGGGAUUGAAUAACAGCCCGGUAGAUCGCAUCUCAGAUGUAGAACACAUGAUCUAAUGCAAGAAGAAGCAAAGGAAUAGGGUCAUUGGAAUGGUAUCUAAAUAGUUGGAUUAGUAGAUACAUUUAAACAGGGUAUCGAACAAAUUUGUAUAAUAUUGUUUUAGUAUAUCAUUGGAAAAUGAAGUUAGGCUUAAGAAAUCUGUAUAAGAAAAAUAUUAUAAAACAUAAUAUCUAUAAUUGCCUUAAAUGAUAAAAUAGAAAAAAAUAUAUAUUUUAUAGUUGACUUCUAGGGAUCUGGACACUAGAUGGCAGCAGCAUCACACAAGUUUCCCUUUCACCCCCUUUUUUUUUAUUAUUAAAGACUGCAAUCACCUCUGUGGCACUCACAAUCGUAUAGCAAAGUCAGCUUCCUUCAAUGCCCAUUUUCUUUAUUAAUCCUAUUCAAAUAGAGAAUAUGAUCUCUCUGCGCCUCUGCAUCCAAAGCCUACUGGAUCAGUUAAAAACUUGUUUGAACAAUUAAUAUGAAUUUCCUCUGAUCAAAAGCUUCUUAUAGAUGUAGAUACUGAGGCUUUAACCCCUUCUUAUCUGCACAGCAAUGGCUUUGCCUGCAGCCUAUGGCUAUUGCGCUAGCAAAGAGAGACGCAGCGUUAUGUUAAUUCUGCAGAGGAAGCGCCAUAACUGUAAUAAUGGAUCAAUGUAAUGUUUCUCAGUAGACAUAUUGGAUAGAGUGCACUAUAACAUACAUGUGACGCUCAGGAUUUCUUCCUGCUGCUCUGUGUUACCCUGGUCCCCUGCCACUUGUCUUCUCUUUCUGGACCAUGCAGCUUAGUUUUUAAAUAUUCUCCAAGUUAGCAAAGGCAGAAAGAGUUCAAAGACAUCAUCCAAAGUCACAGAUAAAUCCCAGUCUGUGAAUGUGGAAUUAUGAGAAAGCUCUUAAUAGGAGAUAUCCUUCUCAGCUACACCAGUCAUUACAGAUGACACUGCUAUGAGAAUCCAUCCUGUCUCAAGGAGAGACAAAAAAAAAAAAAAAGACAAAAAUAAAAAAAAAACACAUAAGGGUCAAUUUGUCCUGAUCAAGAACUGCAAGGGAACUAUCCAGACACUUCAUAAGGUCCCAAGGUUCCUGGCUAGCCUUCAAGACCUCUGAGCCAUGAGAAGUGAUCACUUUAAUUAGGAUUCAUCAUCUGAUCCCUAGGCUGGGGCUGAGAUGACUAUAGUCCUAUAAGAAUGACAAGGAAAAAAAAAAAAAAAAAAAAAGCAGAAUGAGACUCAGACAGUGUGUGCUCAUUCCUCAAGUUCACGGAAAGUUUAACUCUUAAUGCAUAGCUGCUUGUGAAUGCUGGAGCUCCCAGUGAUGUCAUGUGAACAAUCCCAGUGCAUGCUGCUCGUCAUCUAUAUGUAGAGUAUGUGGGCUUUUUCUGCUGUAGAUGGAAGGAGACUGGUGCUAGGGAGGUCUCUCUGCAGCUACAGUCUCUUUCCCCUCUUGGUGCUCAGUGAUGGUUGAGUCCAGCUCCUUCUGCUGCUAGCUCUAUACAGUGGAGUGUCUGGAGCUGCGAUCUCUCAUCCUCCUGCUCUGGAUACCUGACUGCAUUGGGAGUCGCUGUCCGUUCAGCACCACUAACCUCCUGCUGCUUCUGCACCUUGUUGGACCUGACCAGGACCUGACCGGGAGGACACACGCUCUCCUGCAGAGGUUCUCAGCCGGCAAGCACGAUGACAUGAGAGGCAACUUCCAGUGGCGUCAUACCCCGGAUCACUACUCCAUUUUCUGGCUAUUUGAUUGUAUUGGCGAUCAAUCUGGAGGACGGUGAAAUAUCGCAGAGGAAGCUGCUUGGAUGUGUGGAGACUACAGAGACAUGACUGCGCUGGGGACAUUGAAGUAUCUGCUGUUUGUGUGCGUAGGUUUCCUCACUGCAGCUGCGGGUAAGGGACAAAAUUGUGGAGGAUUAGUACAAGGUCCAAAUGGUACGAUAGAAAGUCCUGGGUUUCCACAUGGAUAUCCGAACUAUGCUAACUGUACAUGGAUAAUAAUCACUGGAGAAAGAAAUAGGAUACAACUAUCAUUUCAAAUAUUUGCACUGGAGGAAGAUUUUGAUAUUUUAUCAGUUUUUGAUGGACAGCCUCAACAAGGAAAUUUAAAAGUCAGAUUAUCUGGAUUUCAACUUCCAUCAUCAAUAGUAAGCACAGGUUCUAUUCUUACACUUUGGUUCACAACUGAUUUUGCAGUAAGUGCACAAGGAUUUAAAGCAGUAUAUGAAGUGUUACCAAGUCAUACUUGUGGAAAUCCUGGAGAAAUAAUUAAAGGAGUUCUGCAUGGAACAAGAUUCAAUAUUGGAGACAAAAUCAGAUAUAACUGUGUUGCUGGUUAUAUUCUUGAGGGUCAUUCUACCUUGACAUGCAUUGUAAGUCCAGGAAAUGGAGCUUCAUGGGAUUUUCCAUCACCAUUCUGCAGAGCUGAAGGGGCAUGUGGUGGAACAUUAAGAGGAACCAGUGGCAUCAUCUCAAGCCCUCAUUUCCCAUCAGAAUAUGAAAAUAAUGCUGACUGCACGUGGACUAUACUUGCUGAGCCUGGGGAUACAAUCGCACUGGUCUUUACAGAUUUCCAAAUGGAAGAAGGAUACGACUUCUUAGAAAUCAGUGGAACUGAAGCUCCAUCAAUAUGGUUAACUGGGAUGAGCCUACCAUCUCCUGUUAUAAGCAAUAAAAAUUGGCUGCGUCUUCAUUUUACAUCUGACAGUAACCACAGAAGGAAAGGAUUUAAUGCCCAGUUCCAAGUAAAAAAGGCAAUUGAACUAAAAUCUAGAGGGGUAAAGAUGUUGCCUAGCAAAGAAAGCAACCACAAGAAUUCUGUUCUGAGUCAAGGAGGUAUACCAAUGGCUACAGACAUGUGUCCAGAUCCUGGCAUACCAGACAAUGGGAAAAGAUCUGGCUUCGAUUUUAGAGUGGGUGCCAAUGUCCAAUUCUCCUGUGAUGAUAAUUAUGUGUUACAAGGCUCGAAGAGUAUAACUUGUCAGAGAGUGACUGACACACUCGCUGCUUGGAGUGAUCACAGACCAAUCUGUCGAGCUCGAACAUGUGGAUCAAAUCUUCAAGGACCAGCAGGAAUCAUCACUUCUCCUAACUAUCCCGUUCAGUAUGAAGACAAUGCCCAUUGUGUUUGGGUUAUAACAAGUACAGAUCCUGACAAGGUUAUCAAGAUUUCAUUUGAAGUAUUUGAGUUAGAGAGAGGCUACGAUACUUUAACUGUAGGAGAUGGAGGAAAAGUUGGCGACACACGAUCAGUAUUAUAUGUUCUUACAGGUUCUAGUGUACCAGAUCUCAUUGUCAGCAUGAGCAACCAAAUGUGGCUUCACUUGCAAUCGGAUGACAGCAUUGGCUCACCAGGCUUUAAAGCUAUUUAUCAAGAAAUUGAAAAAGGUGGAUGCGGGGAUCCAGGAAUUCCUGUGUAUGGUAAAAGGAACGGCAGCAGUUUUCUGCAUGGUGACAUACUAACCUUUGAAUGUCAGUCAGCUUUUGAACUUGUUGGAGAAAAAACAAUCACAUGUCAACAAAAUAACCAGUGGUCUGGAAAUAAGCCAAGUUGUGUUUUUUCAUGUUUCUUUAAUUUUACCACACCUUCGGGGGUUAUCCUUUCACCAAACUACCCAGAUGAAUAUGGAAACAACAUGAACUGUAUCUGGUUAAUAAUAUCAGAGGCGGGAAGCAGGAUUCAUCUAAUCUUCAAUGAUUUUGACGUGGAGCCACAGUUUGAUUAUGUUGCUGUGAAGGAUGAGGGCAUUGCGGAUUUACCUGCACUUGGAACAUUUUCAGGGAAUGAAGUACCCUCUCAAAUUGCAAGCAACAGUCAUAUUGUGCGCUUAGAAUUUCAGUCUGAUCAUUCAACGACAGGAAGAGGUUUUAAUAUUACCUAUACUACCUUUGGUCAGAAUGAAUGUCAUGAUCCAGGAAUCCCAAUAAAUGGAAAAAGGUUUGGUGACAGAUUUCUUCUUGGAAGUUCAGUAACAUUUCAUUGUAAUGAAGGUUUCAUCAAAACGCAAGGCUCUGAAUCCAUCACUUGUAUAAUACAAGAUGGUAAUGUUGUAUGGAGUUCUACUGUCCCACGAUGUGAAGCCCCCUGUGGUGGACACUUAACAGCAUCAAGAGGAAUUAUCCUCCCUCCAGGCUGGCCUGGAUAUUACAAGGAUUCAUUAAAUUGUGAAUGGAUAAUUGAAGCAGACUCAGGACAUUCUGUUAAAAUUACCUUUGAAAGAUUUCAGACUGAAGUAAACUAUGAUAUUCUUGAAGUACGAGAUGGCGCUGCCAACUCUUCACCAUUGAUUGGAGAGUAUCAUGGAACACAAGCCCCACAAUUUCUCAUUAGCACAGGAAAUUACAUGUAUCUUCUAUUCACAACUGAUAAUAGCCGUUCUAAUGUUGGCUUUCUAAUUCGGUAUGAAAGUGUCACUUUAGAAUUGGAUUCAUGCCUUGACCCAGGCAUACCAGUUAAUGGUCAUCGUCAUGGAAAACACUUUGGCAUUGGCUCCUCUGUGACCUUCACUUGUGAUGCUGGAUACAUUUUAAGUGAUGAUGAACCGUUAGUUUGUGAAAGGAACCACCAAUGGAACCAUGCAUUACCUAGCUGUGAUGCUUUAUGUGGUGGAUAUAUUCAUGGGAGAAGUGGGACAGUCCUUUCCCCAGGUUUUCCUGACUUUUAUCCUAAUUCUUUGAAUUGCACGUGGACAAUUGAAGUUUCCCAUGGAAAAGGUGUACAGUUGGUAUUUCACACAUUUCACCUUGAAAGUUCUCAUGACUAUCUAUUAAUAACUGAGGAUGGCAGCUUUACUCAUCCAGUAGCACGACUGACAGGUUCAGUUCUACCACCCACAAUAAAAGCUGGACUUUUUGGGAAUUUUUCAGCUCAGCUUCGUUUUAUAUCAGAUUUUUCUAUCUCAUAUGAAGGAUUUAACAUUACAUUUUCAGAGUAUGACCUGGAACCUUGUGAUGAUCCUGGGGUGCCUGCAUAUAGUAGAAGAAUAGGCUUCCAUUUUGGUGUUGGAGACACUCUAACAUUUUCCUGUUUUCCGGGAUAUCGCUUGGAGGGUGCAAAUAGACUCACCUGCUUGGGAGGUGGCCGUAGAGUGUGGAGUACACCUCUUCCAAGGUGUGUGGCUGAAUGUGGAGCAACAAUUAUUGGUAAUGAAGGGACACUCCUAUCUCCAAAUUUCCCUGCUAACUAUGACAACAACCAUGAAUGCAUAUACAGGAUAGAAACUCAGCCAGGAAAGGGAAUCCAUCUACAAGCCAGAACUUUUCAGCUGCUUGAAGGGGACAUUCUAAAGGUGCAUGAUGGGAAAGACGGUUCUUCACGACUUUUAGGAGCUUUUACAAAAAAUCAGUUAUUAAAAUUAUCACUCAACAGCACCUCAAACCAUUUGUGGAUAGAAUUUAACACCAAUGGAUCUGACACCGACAUUGGUUUUCAUCUGGUUUAUAGCAGUUUUGAACUCAUAAAAUGUGAAGACCCAGGAAUACCAAAUUAUGGUUAUAAGAUACGUGAUGAGGGUCACUUUGCUGAUACAACUAUUAUGUAUAGUUGCAAUCCUGGAUAUACAAUGCAUGGGAGCAGUAUUUUGACAUGUCUAAGUGGUGAUCGGAGAGUGUGGAAUAAGCCUCUGCCAACAUGCACUGCUGAAUGCGGUGGUCGGAUUUAUGCUGCAGCAUCUGGACGCAUCCUGUCUCCAGGUUAUCCAGCACCCUAUGAAAAUAAUUUACACUGCACUUGGAUUCUUGAAGCAGACCCUGGAAAGUCAAUUAGCCUUCACUUUAUAGUUUUUGACACAGAAGUCUCACACGAUAUCCUUAAGGUAUGGGAUGGACCUGUAGACAGUGAUGUUCUUCUGAAAGAAUGGAGUGGUUCUUCUCUCCCCGAGGACAUUCACAGCACAUUCAACUCCUUGACAUUACAAUUUGAUAGUGAUUUUUUCAUCAGCAAGUCUGGGUUUUCUAUACAAUUUUCAACUUCAGUUGCAUCAACAUGUAAUGAUCCUGGAAUUCCUCAAAAUGGAACCCGAUAUGGAGACAGCAGAGAACCUGGUGAUACUGUAAAUUUUCAAUGUGACCCCGGAUAUCAGCUUCAAGGACAAACUAAAAUUACAUGUGUGCAGCUAAAUAACAGAUUCUUUUGGCAGCCAGACCCACCAACUUGUAUAGCUGCAUGUGGUGGAAACCUGACAGGCCCAGCGGGUGUUAUUUUAUCACCAAACUACCCUCAACCUUAUCCUGCAGGAAAAGAAUGUGACUGGAGAAUAAAAGUAAAUCCAGACUUUGUCAUUGCCUUGAUAUUCAAAAGUUUUAACAUGGAACCCAGUUAUGAUUUUCUGCAUAUAUAUGAAGGUGAUAACUCCAACAGUCCUAUAAUUGGAAGUUUUCAAGGUGCCCAUGCACCAGAAAGAUUAGAAAGCAGUGGAAACAGCCUGUUUUUGGCAUUUCGUAGUGAUGCAUCUGUUGGUCUGUCUGGAUUUGCCAUUGAAUAUAAAGAAAAGCCCCGUGAAGCUUGUUUUGAUCCAGGAAACAUCAUGAAUGGUACUCGAAUUGGUACAGACUUUAAACUUGGAUCUACUGUAACUUAUCAGUGUGAUCAAGGUUAUAAAAUUGUUGACCCUGCAAAAAUUAGCUGUGUCAUUGGUACGGAUGGAAAGCCUGCAUGGAACAAGACUUUACCCUCAUGUAAUGCUCCUUGUGGUGGCCAGUAUACAGGGAUGGAUGGAGUUGUUUUAUCCCCAAACUACCCAAAUAACUACACUUCCGGGCAGAUUUGUCAUUAUUCAAUAACUGUUCCCAAAGAAUUUGUUGUAUUUGGCCAGUUUUUCUACUUCCAAACAUCAUUAAAUGAUCUGGUAGAACUUUUUGAUGGAGCCCAUUCACAGUCCAGACUGCUCAGUUCUCUCUCUGGUAGCCAUACAGGGGAGACAAUGCCAUUAGCCGCUUCUAAUCACAUCCUACUGAGAUUUAGCACAACGAAUGGUGCCCCUGCCAAGGGAUUUCAUUUUGUAUACCAAGCUGUCCCUCGUACAAGUGACACUCAGUGCAGCUCGGUUCCAGAGCCCAGAUAUGGUAGAAGAAUUGGCUCAGAUUUUUCUGCAGGUUCUAUAAUUCGAUUUGAAUGCAAUCCUGGAUAUUUACUUCAAGGUUCAAAAGCUAUUCUUUGUCAGAGAGUGCCCAAUGCAUUAGCACAGUGGAAUGAUACAGUGCCAAGCUGUUUGGUGCCAUGUAGUGGAAAUUUUACAGAGCGAAGAGGAACAAUAUUAUCUCCAGGUUUUCCUGAGACUUAUGGAAAUAGCUUGAAUUGUGUUUGGAAAAUUAUUGUGGCAGAAGGUUCAGGAAUUCAGAUACAAGUUUUGAGUUUUGCUACAGAACAUAACUGGGAUUCCCUAGAGAUUUAUGAUGGCUCAGAUAUGACUGCUCCACGUCUUGGUAGUUUUUCUGGGACCACUGUGCCAGCUCUGCUGAACAGCACAUCCAACCAGCUCUACCUGCAUUUCCACACAGAUAUCAGUGUAUCAGCUGCUGGAUUUCAUCUGGAAUAUAAAACUGUUGGACUUACUGCUUGCCCAGAACCAUUGAUUCCAACCAAUGGCAUUAAAAAUGGUGACAGAUAUAUGGUAAAUGAUGUGGUAUCAUUUCAAUGUGAACCUGGGUAUACAUUGCAGGGACAUUCACAUAUUUCAUGUAUGCCUGGAACAGUACGACGGUGGAAUUAUCCUUCCCCUCUUUGUAUUGCUAAAUGUGGUGGAACAUUAACAAAUCUGAUUGGAGUGAUUUUAAGCCCUGGUUUUCCGGGAAACUACCCAAGUAACUUGGACUGCACAUGGAAGAUUUUAUUACCAGUUGGCUAUGGGGCUCACGUUCAAUUUGAAAAUUUUUCAACUGAAGCGAAUCAUGACAUUCUUGAGAUCCAGAAUGGACCUUCUCAUCCAGGUUCUCAAAUAGGCCAAUUUAGUGGCAAUGAGCUUCCAUUAUCUUUGCUUAGUACAACACAUGAGGUUUUCAUUCACUUUUUCAGUGAUCACUCUGAGAAUCGACAAGGCUUUAAGCUUGUUUAUCAAGCUUAUGAAUUGCAAAAUUGUCCUGAUCCUCAUCCAUUUAAGAACGGCUACAUCAUUAAUUCUGAUUAUAGCGUGGGACAAUCAAUAACUUUUGAAUGUUAUCCAGGAUAUGUUCUGAUAGGACAUGCUGUUCUCACUUGCCAGCAUGGUAUUAAUAGAAAUUGGAACUAUCCCUUUCCAAAAUGUGAAGCACCCUGUGGAUAUAAUAUAUCAUCAGAAAAUGGGACCAUUUAUUCACCAGGAUUUCCAGAUGAAUAUCCCAAUUCAAAGGACUGUUCUUGGCUCAUUUGUGUCCUACAGGGUCAUGGGGUUUAUAUUAACUUUACUUUGCUUCAGACUGAACCAGUGAAUGAUUACAUUGCAGUAUGGGAUGGAAUCGACCAAAAUUCCCCUCAGCUGGGGGUCUUCAGUGGAAAUACAGCUCUAGAAACGGCAUAUAGCACAUCCAAUCAAGUACUCAUUAAGUUUCACAGUGACUUUUCAACUGGAGGGAUCUUUGUCCUGAAUUUUCACGCUUAUGCAUUAAAAAAAUGUCCGCCACCAGCAGUUGUGCCAGAAGCUGAUAUAAUUUCCGAUGAUGAUGACUUUGAAAUAGGUGACUUUGUAAAAUACAAGUGCCAUCCGGGGUUUACAUUAGUAGGAAAUGACGUUUUGACCUGCAAAUUAGUUACCCAGCUCCAGUUUGAGGGCUCUUUACCUACCUGUGAAGCACAAUGUCCUGCAAAUGAGGUUCGCAUCGAGUCAUCUGGGGUGAUCCUUAGUCCUGGUUAUCCAGAAAACUAUUUAAAUUCUCAGACUUGUUCAUGGAGCAUUAAGGUUGAACCAGGUUACAACAUAUCAAUUUUUGUUGACACAUUUCAAAGCGAAAAACAAUUUGAUGUACUUGAGAUAUUUGAUGGGCCAUCUGGACAAAGCUCUCUUAUUGUGGCAUUAAGUGACAAUGUAACAGGGCAACACAAUUUUACUAGCAAAAGCAAUAAUAUUUUUCUCCGCUGGUCAACAGAUCAUGCCACCAAUAAAAAAGGCUUCAAGAUUCAUUAUUCAGCGGCCUACUGCAGUUUAAACACAGUGAUCGAUAAUGGUGGCAUUUUGAACAAGACAGGCAUAGACCUUGGAGCAAAAGUUUACUAUUUUUGCAAGCCAGGAUAUCAAAUGAUUGGGAGAAGAAAUACAACCUGCAUUAGAAAUCCAAAUGGAAUGCAUCAAUGGGAUACACCAGUACCAAUAUGUAAGGCUAUAUCCUGUGGAAUUGCUCAGCCACCUGGAAAUGGCUCAGUGUCUGGAAAUGAGUUUACUUUAGGAAGCAAAGUGAUAUAUGAAUGUAAUGAAGGCUACAGAUUACAAUCUAGUCAACAAUCAACAGCAGUAUGUCAAGAAGAUGGAUCAUGGAGUAAUGCAGACAAACCACCUGUUUGUCAGCCUAUUACUUGUCCUUCCUUGGAUUCUCAACUCUCUGAACAUGUCAUGUGGAGGCUGGUUUCAGGUUCAUUAAAUGAAUAUGGCUCUCAAGUCUUGCUGAGCUGUAGUCCUGGUUAUUAUCUUGAAGGAUUGAGACUUCUACAAUGCAGAGCUAAUGGAACGUGGAGUGGAGGAGAUGUUAAGCCAAGCUGCAUGGUUAUUUCAUGUGGGGAUUUAUCUACACCUCCAAAUGGUAACCGGAUUGGAACUUUAAAUGUUUAUGGAGCAACUACAAUAUUUACUUGUAAUUCAGGCUACACUCUUGCUGGCUCACAUGUAAGGGAAUGUUUGGCUAAUGGUCUAUGGAGUGGCACCGAAACAAGAUGUUUAGCAGGUCAUUGUGACUCUCCUGAUCCAAUCGUAAAUGGGCACAUCAGUGGAGAUGGCUUCAGCUACAGAGACACUGUGGUCUAUCAGUGUAAUCCUGGCUUUCGUCUAGUAGGCACAUCUGUUCGUAUAUGCCUUCAGGAUCACAAGUGGUCAGGACAAACUCCAGUUUGUGUUCCUAUCACUUGCGGUCACCCAGGAAAUCCAGCUCAUGGAAUAACUAAUGGAAGUGAAUUUAAUCUGAAUGAUAUGGUGAACUUCACUUGUUACACAGGUUAUAUACUUCAGGGGCCAUUUCAAGCACAAUGUCGCAGCAAUGGAAUGUGGAGCAGCUCUCUUCCAACUUGCCGGGUUGUAAAUUGUACAGAUCCUGGUUUUGUGGAAAAUGCAAUUCGACAUGGACAGCAGAACUAUCCUGAGAGUUUUCGUUAUGGAAUAAGUGUUACAUAUCAUUGUAAGAAAGGCUACUAUCUUCUAGGAUCAUCUGUUCUUAACUGUAAGGCAAAUGGCUUGUGGGACAGAGCCUUACCAAAGUGCGUCCCAAUAUCGUGUGGCCAUCCUGGAAUCCCUGCCAAUGCAAUUUUAAGUGGAGAUAAAUUUGCAUAUGGUUCAAAAAUCCAUUACUCUUGCACAGGAGCUCAUAUAUUAAUAGGAAAUGGAACAAGAGUUUGCCAAGAAAAUGGUCGAUGGAGUGGAACACUUCCUCAUUGCUCAGGAAAUAAUCCUGGGAUAUGUAGUGACCCUGGAAUCCCAGCCCAUGGAUCACGUCUUGGAAAUGAGUUCAAAACAAAAAGUUUACUUCGUUUUUCUUGUGAAAUGGGUUAUACGCUUAUUGGAUCUAUGGAGCGGACUUGUUUAUCAAAUGGGUCAUGGUCUGGAACACAACCAUUCUGUGAAGCGGUAUCCUGUGGAAAUCCUGGAACUCCAGCCAAUGGCAUGAUCAUUUUCAGUGAUGGGAUACUUUUCUCCAGUUCUGUCAUCUAUGCCUGCUGGGAAGGUUACAAAACAUCAGGGUUAACUACUCGACAUUGUACUGCCAAUGGAACCUGGACUGGAAGUGCUCCAGAUUGCUCAGUGAUCACAUGUGAAGAUCCGGGUCCUAUUGCUAAUGGUAUACAAGUAGGAAAAGACUUUACAUUUAACAAAACAGUCACCUACCACUGCAACCCAGGCUAUUUGAAAGAUCCACCAUCUCUAGGUCCUAUGAAGUGUGGGAAAGAUGGCACCUGGAACCAGACAAAACCAACAUGCAAAGCCAUACAUUGUGGGCAGCCUCCCCAUGUACCGUACGGGAAGCUGGAAGGAUCUGACUACAGCUGGGGCUCCAGUGUUAGCUACACAUGUGUGGAGGGUUACCAGCUCUCUAGUCCUACUGUUCUUUCAUGUGAAGGAAGGGGAAGUUGGAGAGGAGAAAUCCCUCAUUGCUUGCCUGUGUUUUGUGGAGAUCCAGGAACUCCGGCUGAAGGAAGACUUAUUGGUAGAAGUUUCACAUAUAAAGCUGAAGUUUUACAUCAGUGUAGACCUCCUUUUGUUUUAGUUGGGUCAUCUAAAAGAGUUUGCCAGUCUGAUGGCACAUGGAGUGGUAUUCAACCAACAUGCAUUGAUCCAGCUCAUAACUCCUGCAGAGACCCUGGUACACCGCAUUAUGGCAUGCAGAACAGUUCCAAGGCUUACGAGAUUGGGAGUUCGGUCUUCUUUAGAUGUCGCAAAGGCUACCACAUUCAAGGCUCCACUACGCGUAAUUGCCUAGCUAAUUUAACAUGGAGUGGAACCCAACCAGAAUGCAUCCCUCAUGCCUGUCGACAACCAGAAACUCCCAUUCAUGUAGAUGUGAAAGCAAUAGAUCUACCUACACUAGGAUAUACCUUAAUAUACAUUUGCCAACCUGGGUAUUUUCUUGCUGGUGGGUCUGAGCACAGAACAUGUAAAAGUGAUAUGAAGUGGACAGGAAAACCUCCUAUUUGUAAAAGUAAAGGACUCAGUGAAUUAAAUUCUACAGUCACAAAAACUCCAGUUCCUUCAGAUGUCUUUUCUGUGAAUACUGUAUGGAAAGGUUUUUACGAAUAUCUUGGAAAGCAACAUUCCGCAACAUUAACUGUUGACUGGUUCAAUAACACAAGCAGCAAAGUGAAUGGAACAUUUUUAGAUACUAACAAUAGUGAAUUAAAGUUAUCAGGUGUGUACAAGAAAGAAGAAGCCCACUUGCUUUUGAAAGUUUUCCAGAUAAAAGGCCCUUCAGAUGGUUUAAUAAAAAAGUUUAAAAAUGAUAACUGGGCAAUGGAUGGUUAUGUAUCAUCUGGGAGAGAGAAGAGUGUAUUUAACUACCAAGGCGAUAUACAAUCAAAGAAUUUUGGAAAGUUUAUAUUUCAAAGACAAAAUCCGGUUAACGUCAGUGACUCUUCCAAUAAUUACUAUGGCACAAACAGCAGUUCUGUAGCAGCUGCAAUCUUGGUACCAUUUUUCGCACUUAUAUUAUCAGGAUUUGCAUUCUACCUUUAUAAACACAGAGCAAGACCAAAAGUGCAGUAUAAUGGAUAUGCUGGACAUGAAAACAGCAAUGGACAAGCAUCAUUUGAAAAUCCAAUGUAUGAUACAAACUUAAAACCCACAGAGGCAAAAGCUGUUAGAUUUGACACAACAUUAAACACAGUUUGCACAGUGGUAUAGCCUUUGGUGCCCAUAAAGACUGAUUGAUAGCCAUACCUCUGAUGGACAAGCAGAAAUUCCAUUGGUGCCCUAAACCAAUAUCUACUACUUCUGGCUUUGCUGCUGCAAUCGAUAACACAAUUGAUCAGCAAACGGUCCAUGCAUCUCUAGUUCUUGAUUUCAAUUAGUUCAGUCUUCUGGAGAUCAAGUAAAGACGUCCCUUAUUUCCAAUAGGAUUACAAUGCCUGGCUGCAAACUGCUUCAAAGAAUUCUUCAGGAAGUCUAUGGAGUGAUGCCACUUUGUUAUUUUGACGCCUUGUAUAUGAUAACAUAUAUGUGGCAGGAUGCCUGUCAUUGCAAUAUUUUGGGCACUUGGAUCAUCUCUGUACCGUGAUGGAUGAAUUUGCCAUCUCUCUUUUUUGUAUACCGAGAUACACGAAUGUCCUGAAUGACACACAGCAGACCUGAAGGAGUGGACAACCCGAAUUAUGGUUGCACGUUUAAACAAAAAUGCUUUACCAUUAAAUCAAUGACACUUUGUAACCAUUUAAAGCAACCAGAUUCAUCGGACACUAUUUGUGCACUGGGCGGUUUGCAAAUUUUUUCAUUCAGCUGGUG